UUUUGUUUAUUUUUGUCUACUUUUUAAUUAUUUUUUUUCUAAAUGAGUCUCUUUAUUUUUUUAAAAUUUAUUUAUUUCUCAAUAUUUUCCUCCCGUUCUUCAAUUUAUCUUCAAUAAAUUUCGUAACUUUUUUUACUCAUUCUAAAUUUGUUUCUUGCCCAUUUUGUUUCCUAUUUUUCCCACAUGUAGUAUGUAUAUCAAGACUGGGACUUGGCAUAUUUUUAAAAGCGGCAGACGGAACUUGAAAAAUGCGGAACAAAAUAAAAGGCAAAGGGUCAGAAGCCGCAAUUCUGUGGAAGACAGAAGGCGGAAGAAAGCCCAUCCCUUAUACGUAAUUUAUUCCUAUCUUUAAUGUUCAUUUACUAGAGGAUUUGGAUAAAUCGGGAUAUGACCGAGAUUAUUGAAGGAUAAGACAUGGAUUUUAGAGCUGUGGUAACAGAGAUUUUUGUUUUUAGAAAGGAUAGGAUUAAGAUUCCUAGGUAUUGAAUAGA